CAUGGGUGGGGUUUGUCUAACCACAAGCCAUGGUUCUGUUUCUGUCUUUAUUCUUUAAUUUUUGCUCAAGUAAUUAUCGUAUUGUCUCUCUCUAAAUAUGUCUUAACUUUCAUUAAAGUUUCUUUGAUAAUUUUUAAGUUUGAUACACCAUAAUUUUAAGAAAUAUACGGUUCUAAUUUAAUUAUGUAUUCCAAUUAACAAUUUACUGUUUAGGAGUUAGUUUGGAAUAAUAAUGGCUACAGUUGAAACAAGGGAGGACUUGCCCCUCAAGAAAGAUGGUAAAAGAAAAGGGCUAAACUUGUGCUCUGAAGAUUUCUUAGGGGGUUCAAAAUUGGUUAAUAUCUCUUUAGCAGUGAUUACUAUUGCGAUAACAAUUGCACUGUUUUUUCAAAUUUCUUACGGUGAUUAUCAGAUAAUACCCCAUGGUAGUGUAGCAACAGACUCAAAGGAAUGCUCUGUAAUUGGCACAGAAAUUAUGAAAAGGGGUGGAAAUUCGGUAGAUGCAGCGAUAGCGAGCAUGUUUUGUCUAAGUGUUGUUUCACCCCAUAUUAUCAGUUUGGAUGGACAAGGCGAAGCCAUUAUUUACAAUCAUAAAGAACAGGUCCCCCCUGUUGUUAUCAGUUUUAAUAAAAAUUCGGCCAGUGUAUCAACUUUACCAAAUUUAGUUGCUGGUUUGUCGCAUUUAUACCUUCAUUAUGGUAAAAUGAAUUGGAAAGAACUCAUUGAACCAUCAGUAUCACUUGCAAGAAACGGAUUUAAAAUUUCUUCACAUUUGGCGAUAGCAGUGAGAUUUUUAGAAGCCGAAAAACUUUUCGGAGUUCUUAAAGAAAAUAAUGAGUUAAAGUUAGAAGUCCUUGCAAAUACUUUAGAAAAGUUUUCGUCACUUACAAACGACGAAAUUCGAAAUUUAAUACCUCGUCAAAAUCAGCCAGAAAUAACGACUACAGCAAACAUGACAUUUCAAUAUUACAAUAUAUUUGUACCGGGGGGUAUUUCCGAAGGACCUGUGUUACUUCACACCCUCAAACGAUUUCAACAAGAAAAUUUAACGAACUCAAACUCCACCAUCGAAAGUGAGUUUAUACCAAAAAUUGCAAAAAUAAAUAAAAUGGUCCACGAUGAACUUAACAUGAGUGAUACAUUUUUCAAAGGAACUAGCACCAAUGUAGCUGUAAUAGAUGACAAUGAUUUAUACAUUUCAUUAGUUGGGGGUUUGCAUGAAUAUUUUGGAAAUCGAAUAUUUAGCAAUAGCGGUUAUCUGCUGGAUAUAAAAACGGAAUUACAGCCACCCUCCCGUUUCCCCAUCCUUAUUUUGGACAAGGAUUAUAUUUGCGGUAGACGAAUUAUUUUUGGGGCACUUGACUUUGUAAUGGCUUCCGAAAUUGUGGCACAUUUGUUAAUAAAUUCGGAAAAUGUGACGACGAGCGUCGAGGCGCCGCGCUUUUAUAUCAGACCUGAUAAUUUAUUCGGAAUUGAAGAUAUGCGUUCUACUACUUUUGACUCUGCAACUAUAAGAAAUUUAGAAAUAACAGCCGGAAAUGUCACCCCGUUACAUAAGCCAUAUGCUAGUUGUAAUAUAGUGGAAAAAAAUGGAGAUACUUUAGUUUCACAUUCUGAUAGUAGAGGUGGGGGAAUUGCUAGUCGAUUUUAAGACGUUUAUAUAAUUAUUUAUUUGGCUGUGAAACUGUUCAUAUUGAAAAAAUUAACAUUGAAGUAUUAUGAGACAUAUAAUUAAUUUUUUAUGUAACUAUUUACUUAAUUGACUGUAUUUAUCAUAAAUAUCACUUUUGAAA